UAUUUUAAAAAAAAAAAAACAACACUGUUCUGUUCUUUGAAUAUGAUUUGUAUUUCCCCUGUAUUUUAACUUCACAAAGCCCUUCAAAUAUCCUCACCAAUUCACUUUCUCACUUCUCUCACUUCUUUGUUCUUCCUCUGUUUCCAAACUCAAGAACACAAACAAAUACAUAAAAGAACACAAAAAUAUCUAUCUUUCUCACAAAACUAACAUGUCAACUCCUUCAUCAUCUUCUUCUUCUAUUUGGAUUCUAUCUAACAUGAAACUUCAAUUCUUUACUCGCAUCAAACGUUUUCUCCAAUCCAAAGCAACCCGAAAGCGCUGCGACACCUCCGAUCAGUCUAACAAACAAAAAAAUAGAGCUGAACAGAACAUAGUUGAAAAGAAUGAAACCGUUCAAGUUGUGGAGAAGCAUAAGGAGGAGGUGGAGGUGGUGGAGGAAACUGAAAUUCUGCUGCAAAAGACAGUGAAAAUGCUUCACUUUGGAAGCUGGGAGGAGAAAGAGAUUGCUGCAAAAGAGAUUGAGAGUUUAGUUAAACAAGAUGUCAAAGUUAGAAAGUUGAUAACAGAACUUGGAGUGGUGCCGGUUUUGGUAUCCAUGGUGGCGUCGUCGGUGGUUAGCCGCCGGAGAGCAGGGCUGACGGCGUUGAUCUUUCUUGCCGAUGGAACUUACACGAACAAAGCUAUGAUAGUGGAGGCAGGAAUAUUAUCCAAACUACCUAAGACAAUUGACCUUAUAGAUAACUCAACCAUGAAUGAGUUUGCAGAGUUAGUUCUAUCAUUAUCAUCACUUGCAAACACACAAUUCCCUUUUCCUUCAUUAGAUUUUCUACCAUUUCUCAAAGACAUUCUUAAAAAAGACACAAACUUUGACACCAAAAGAUCAUGUUUAGGAGCCUUAUACAACAUAUCAACAAUGUUAGAAAAUGGAAGCACUUUGGUUUCUUAUGGUAUUGUCCCAAUUUUAUUGGAACUUUCCUUAGUGAAAGAAAUUUCGGAAAAGGCACUUGCUACUUUAGGUAACUUGUUGGUUACUCUAAUGGGAAAAAAGGCGAUAGAGGAAAGCUCAAUGGUGCCACAAAAUUUUGUCGAGAUUUUGUCGUGGGAAGACAAACCGAAAUGUCAAGAGUUAUCGGUUUAUAUUUUGAUGAUUUUGGCACAUCAAAGUUUGGAUCAAAGAGAGAAAAUGGCACAAGCUAGGGUUGUUCCUAUGCUUCUUGAAGUUGUUUUGUUGGGGAGUCCUUUAGCUCAAAAGAGAGCAAUGAAGCUAUUGCAAUGGUUUAAGAAUGAGAGGCAAGUUAAGAUGGAGCCACAUUCUGGUCCUCAAACACCAAGAUUUGCAAUGGGAUCACCUUUGAAUCAAAGAGAUAGUAAAGAAGGGAAGAAUUUGAUGAAGAGUUUGGUGAAACAAAGUUUGCAUAAGAAUUUGGAAAUAAUAACUCAAAGGGCGAAUUUAAAUGGAGAGUACUCGAAACUUAAGUCGUUCGUUGUCAGCACAAGUUCCAAGAGUCUGCCUUAUUGAAUUCUUUGAAUUUGAUUAAAUGUCACUGAAAUUUAGAUUGACGAAAAGUUUGGCUGAAUGAUGAAUAUUACGGUGAUUUUGACAAAAAUUGUACUACAAAACUUCAAACAAAAUUAGAAUGUCAUCGUGAUUUCGGAAAUCUUGGAUGAUUCUUUAUGGUGGCUAUGAAGAUUUAUAUAGAUACAAUUGGAUUUGAAAUUUGAUUCAA